AUGGACAAUGACCGUCGGCCGACUUUUUAUCGUGGAGGCCGUUCCGGAACACCGUUGCUUUUCAAGCCUGGUCUGGAGACGGGCAACGGCACCUGCGACAAGAUGGAUGCGAAGCGCUCCUCGGCCUCCCGCUCCCGCUCCCGCCUUGGCCCGUCGCCGCCGACCUCGCGACUCACCACCCCCGACGCCGAGCUGGAAGCGGGCUGUUUCCAUCCCCCCAUGACCGCCCAGCACCCGGCCGCCUUCAGCCGCUCCUCCCUGCUGCAUUCUCGCAACCCCGCCGUCGCAUUGGAAGCCGCCAAGGCGUCGGCCCGCAAAAAGUACACCCUUGCCGCCUUCUUCCUGUCCGUCUCCCUCGUCGCCUUCUGCGUCCAGACCGAGCUCUCGGCCUACAUCCAGCGCGACCUUGGCUGGGGCAAAGCCUACUGCAUGAUGUUCGUCACCCACUCGUCGUGGGUCAUCCUCUGGCCGGGCGCCCUCCUCGUCCUGCGGCUGCAGAAACGCGACCAGCCGUGGCCCCAGUUCUGGCGCAAGCACCUGCAGGUGGUGCUCUCGACCGUCACCAUGAUCCAGCUGCAGACCACCAACGUGACCCUUCCGAGCGUGGCGAGGCGUGGCAGGCCCGUCGCGUAUCUCGCCCGGAUGACUGCCUACAUCACCUCGGCCCUGACGGUUGCCGGCCUGAGCUGGUACGUUGCCGUCAGCCUGACGACGCCGUCCGACCUGACUGCCAUUUACAACUGCAGCGCCUUUUUCGCCUACGUCUUUUCGGUCCCCAUCCUCAAGGAGCCGCUCCGCAUGGACAAGUCCCUCUCGGUCCUGGUCGCCGUCAUGGGCGUGCUGGUCGUGGCGUACGGCGACACCGGGAGCUCCGACGGGGCAUCCGCCUCGGCUUCGGACUCCCACGACGACCCUGGCGGCGCCGCGCCCCGGCUCGCAGGCAACCUCAUCAUAGGCGCUGGGUCCGUCCUGUACGGCCUGUACGAGGUCCUCUACAAACGCUACGCCUGCCCGCCAGAGGGCGCCUCCGCCGUCCGCGGCACCAUCAUGGCCAACGUCUUUGGCUCCUGCAUCGGCUUCUUCACCCUGACGGUGCUGUGGAUGCCCCUCCCCAUCCUGCACUGGCUCAACAUUGAGCGCUUCGAGAUCCCCGCGGCCUCGACGUGCUGGCUCAUCCUGCUUGCCGUCCUGUCCAACGCCGUCUUCAGCGGAUGCUUCCUGGUCCUCAUCUCCCUCACCUCGCCCGUCCUGUCGUCCGUCGCCGCCCUGCUGACCAUCUUCAUCGUCGCCAUCGCCGACUGGACCCUGACAGGGCAGCCCUUGAGCUGGGCUGCCAUUUUCGGCGGGUCCAUGAUCAUCGUGGCCUUUGUGGCCUUGAGCUGGAGCACGUACAGAGAGAUGAUGGAACACGAGGCGCACAAGCUGGCGGUAGACUUGACGGAUGACGAGGCCGACUCCGACUUGGACCAUGAUUAG